UAGGCUGUGUACACAAGUAAAGAGCCAGAGGGAGAAAGAGCUAGUGAGAGAAAUUGGUAGUGAGAGAAAAUGGGAAGAGAGGGGUUUGUAAGUGACUAUGAGCACCAAAACAAGGUUGAGAAGCCAAAGAGAAAUAAGUAUGCUCUUGCUUGUGCUUUUCUUGCCUCCAUGACCUCCAUAUUACUAGGCUAUGACAUCGGAGUGAUGAGCGGCGCAGUUAUCUUCAUCAAGGAAGACCUCCGAAUCAGCGAUGUAGAGGUCGAGAUCCUGGUUGGUUCCCUCAACAUAUACUGCCUCAUUGGCUCUUUUGCUGCUGGCCGCACCUCUGACUGGAUCGGCCGUCGCUACACCAUCGUCUUCGCCAGUGCCAUUUUCUUCGUCGGCGCUCUCAUGAUGGGCUUCGCUCCCAAUUAUGCUUUCCUAAUGGCCGGUCGUGUUGUGGCUGGGAUUGGCGUCGGUUAUGCCUUGAUGAUUGCACCAGUGUACACAGCAGAGGUGGCGCCGGCAUCGUGUCGCGGUUUCCUUACCUCUUUUCCCGAGGUUUUCAUCAAUGCGGGCAUUCUUUUUGGAUAUGUGUCGAAUUUCGCAUUCGAGAGGCUGCCGCUGCACCUCGGCUGGCGGACGAUGCUCGGAGUAGGGGCUAUACCUUCGGUAUUCAUGGGGGUGGCGGUGCUGGCGAUGCCGGAGUCACCGCGGUGGCUCGUCUUGCAGGGAAAGCUGGGUGCUGCUAAGAAGGUCUUGCUCAAGACUUCGGACACACCGGAAGAAGCACUACUCCGCCUCUCUGACAUCAAGCUGGCUGCUGGGAUCCCUGAAACUGCCGACGACGAGAUCGUUUCAGUGCCAAAGCACCACCACGGAGAGGGUGUCUGGAAGGAACUCCUCUUGCGUCCCACCCCAGCCGUCCGGCGGAUCAUGAUCGCAGCUGUAGGCAUACAUUUCUUCCAACAGGCCUCUGGCAUCGACGCUGUCGUCCUCUACAGCCCUCGGGUAUUUAAGAAGGCCGGUAUAACGGAUAAUAGUCAACUCCUCGGAGCCACAGUUGCUGUUGGAUUCACAAAGACCAUCACCAUCCUUAUAGCCACUUUCAUGCUAGAUAAAGUGGGUAGGAGGCCACUGCUUCUUACUAGUGUUGGAGGAAUGAUAAUUUCUCUCUGUGGUCUCGGCUUCGGCCUAACCAUGAUAACGAACAGUGAUGAGAAGUUAGUUUGGGCCAUUGCCAUCUGCAUUGCCACUGUUCUCCUCUUUGUCACUUUUUUCUCGAUCGGUAUGGGACCGAUCACAUGGGUUUACAGUUCUGAGAUUUUCCCAUUGAGGCUUCGAGCUCAAGGGGCAAGCAUUGCGGUCGCGGUGAACCGGGUGGUGAGCGGUGUGCUAACAAUGUCCUUCAUAUCUCUUUAUAAGGCCAUCACCAUAGGGGGGAGCUUCUUCUUGUUUGCAGGAAUUGCUAGUGUUGCAUUCUGCUUCUUCUUCUUCUUUUUGCCUGAGACCAAGGGCCGGAAUCUCGAGGAAAUCAUCGAAUUGUUUGAAAAGAAAAAAGUGGGGCUCCCGCCGGCACCUCCACAGACAGAGGCGGCCAGUGGGGCCAAUCGAUCGAUCGAACUUGCGAAUGGUAAUAGUAAAUAGACACCCUUGCUUAGUUUUCCUCUACUUGAUAUGGUGUUCUUGGAGAGGAAAAAGUAGAUGAGCUGAAAUGCACCAUGGUGAGAAUCGAACCCCCCGACCUCCAGUAGAAGAUGGCGGUAGAAGAUGGCGAAGGUUCGGCUUCCAAGCAUUGGUGGUUUUGAUACUAAGGAUUACUAAUAUGAUUGAGAAGAAACAUGAAUAGUUUAAGUUUCAGUUAUCUCAAUGUCUGAAUCUCUAUUACUCAUAGAUAGAGUAAACUUUGAAGGGAAGAAGGAUAUCCCUUGGAAAAGGGGGGAAAGGGAUAGAAGAAUGAGAGAGAUUGUGGGAAUUGAAGAUGGAUGCAAAUGGUUGAAUAUUGUACUACAAGGACCAAAUGGCUAUGUUAAUUGUUGGGCAGCAAUAAGCCCUUUGUGUGAAACAAGUAUAAAGCUUGCAUGAUUUAUACUUC